UAUUAAUAAAAGUACAAAAACGCAUCCUACGGACAUUUCCAAGUAACAACAAAUGAAGAAGUGUUGGGAUACUCACGAUCGCGGCAUAAGCAAAUAACCGUUUGCGCUUAGCCAAAUCGCGCGCUUAUUUUUGUAGAAAGCAGUGAACUCAUCGUAUUUAAUACAUAAUGUCGUCCACCUCAGCCGCGCAAUCAAAUGCGCCAUCCACCACCGAGGUACGCUACGUCACUGAGGUGCCUAGCAGCCUCAAACAGCUCGCACGCUUGGUCGUGCGCGGCUUCUAUACUCAGGAGGAUGCUCUUAUCAUUGAUAUGCUGGUGCGGAACCCGUGCAUGAAAGAGGACGACAUUGCCGAACUUUUGCGUUUCGAAAAGAAGCAGCUGCGCGCACGCAUUACAACCUUACGUACUGACAAAUUUAUACAAAUACGCCUUAAAAUGGAAACGGGACCGGAUGGCAAAGCUCAGAAAGUUAACUACUAUUUUAUAAACUACAAAACAUUUGUAAAUGUCGUCAAGUACAAACUAGAUCUGAUGCGAAAACGAAUGGAAACGGAAGAACGGGAUGCGACAAGUCGUGCCAGCUUUAAGUGCUCGACGUGCUCAAAAACUUUCACCGACCUCGAAGCGGAUCAACUGUUCGAUCCAGCCACACUGGAAUUUCGUUGCACCUACUGUGGAAGCCAUGUGGACGAGGAUAGUGCUGCGAUGCCCAAAAAAGAUUCGCGUCUUAUGUUAGCACACUUCAACGAGCAGCUGCAGCCAUUAUACGAUCUACUGCGCGAAGUCGAGGGCAUCAAGCUGGCACCAGAAGUGCUUGAACCAGAACCUGUGGACAUUGACACAAUUCGUGGUAUUACCAAGCCAAACGCCAUACGCCCUGAUGGCAUGCAGUGGUCAGGCGAAGCGACGAGAAACCAAGGUUUCGCCGUUGAAGAAACACGAGUCGAUGUCACCAUCGGUGGAGAUGAUAUGCCCGACACAGUUGUGGAGCGCAAGUCGCGACCCAUUUGGAUGACGGAGAGCACUGUGAUAACUGACUCAGAGUUGGGUGAUGUAGGAUCAAACCAUGAUGCAGCGCAAACAUCAAGUUCUUCUGGUCAUCGAAACAAAAAGGAGAACGAAGAUAUCAUGUCGGUACUUCUGCAGCAUGAAAAACAGCCUGGGCAACGGGAAGCUCAUCUGAAAGGAAUGCGAAUGGGAUCGUCAAACGCUAAUUCUAGUGAUUCAAGUGACGAUGAAAAGGACAUUGACAACACAAAGAUACCUAACGUCAACUAUAUAAACUCUGAAUCAGAGGAGGAUGAUGAUGACGUACCAACUGUGCUUGUAGCAGGGCGACCCCAUCCUUUGGAUGAACUCGAUGAUAAACUGAUUGCCCAAAUGACGCCGCAGGAGAGGGAAAACUAUAUACAUGUUUAUCAACAACAUUAUAGCCACAUAUACGAUUGAAGCUGAUGAUUAUAGUUAACUUACGCAUUAA